AUUUUGAGCUGUGGUUGAGGGAUAAAGAAAUAGAGUUUCUAAAACAAGCAGCAGCGUGGACUGGAACAGCUUCUUUCUCCAAAGAAUGGAAGCCUCGAAGAUGUUGCUGUUAUCCCCAUCACCAACCACACUGCCUUCACUAAAACGUACCACCCAUUUCUUUAUUAUCCCACAACACAAGAGGACAAGGUUGCAGACGCCUGUGAAAGUGACGAGCAUGACAAAGGAGAGCAGUGAGAGUGGCAAUGGAAUCGUCGAGAAAGCUGCAAUAGGCGGUGGCUUGAUCUCAACGCCGGUGAUUGCCUGGUCUCUUUACACCCUCAAGACAACAGGGUGCGGUCUGCCCCCUGGGCCAGGUGGCUCCAUAGGUGCACUGGAGGGCGUGAGCUACCUAGCAGUGGUGGGGAUUGUAGCUUGGUCCUUGUACACCAAAGGCAAAACCGGGUCCGGAUUGCCUAAUGGGCCCUUUGGGCUGUUGGGGGCUGUUGAAGGUUUAUCGUACCUGAGUUUGGUGGCCAUUUUGGUUGUGUUUGGAUUGCAGUUCUUUGAGCAGGGAUCCAUUCCAGGACCUCUCCCAAGUGAUCAGUGCUUCGGCUAAAGAGAUAGGGAUGGUCCACCACUGCUUUAUCCUCUUUUUUUUAUUUUUUUGGUGGUCAUGAACUCAUGAUUCACCAAACCUGUUUUUUCUUUUAAAAAAUAUUUUAGGAGUUUUUAUUCCCCUUUAAUGAUUAAUGAGUUCUGAUCUCAUUUGGGACCUUUUCUGCCAGACAAAAAGAAAUUUGGUACUUUUUA